CGUCUUCCAUUUCAGGAUUAUGUUUUUCAUGCUGAUUCUUCUUUUCCUAAGGGAAAUUUCAGGCGCAACCUUCAUUAAUCUUUAUGAAAAUGAAAAUCACUGGCUGAGCUGCAGCAACACAUCAGCCGAUCAGAAGGAAUCAAGAUGGUGGUUGGGGAAAGACUGCUCCUCCUUGGUCCAAUUUCAGCCAAUGCCUUGUGACCCAAGUUCUCAGUGCCCAUCAGGAAAGGACCCCACAAGCAGAUAUCUAAACUGUACACAAAGGAAUGUCUCUAUUGCUGCUUUCCCAGGUGGUGGAAUAUUUGCAUGCAAAGCCCUGUCAGGUAGCAAUGCGUCAGAUCUACACCCACUUAUUAAUAAGGAGGAUCACUGCAGGAAUUUCAACUUCUUCAUUGUAGCAAUAAUAAACAACACUGCAGAGAGUAACAUGCAAUCAAACAAUUUAGUGGUUGUUGAAGGAGAACAGAACUUCAGUCUUCCUUGUGAAUUUGAUUUGACUGGUGCCAAAGACAUAUUUACUUUGUAUUGGAUUAAGGAAACAUUUGAAAGGAGGUGCCUUGCUUCUGUUUCAAAUGAAGACCACUCUUUUUCUAAUAAUCUAAACUGCUGUGUUGGCACCAAGAUAAAAAAGAGACAGGUCAAUAAUCUGAGUCUCCCGUUUGACAGACAUCAAAGUCAUUACCUGACAAUUUUCAACACCACCACUUCAGACACUGGGGUGUAUUUCUGCCUGGUUGCUGUUUACACCAACAGACAUGUGUGGAAGAUUGUAAAUAAUGUGUCUGUACAAGUGCAAAAAGACAACAGUGAAGGGUCUACUUUUACAAAAGAGCUACAGAUCUCACUGACAGUGGUAGGAGGAAUUGUUCUGAUUAGUGGGAUAAUAUUGUUCCUUUGCUGGAAGAAAAAGUCUAAAGGAAAGGCAUAUGAAUCGCAUCAAAGGGAUCAGACCACAACUGAAAUGGAACAAGACUGCUCCCCAUAUGCCGUUUCCAGCCGCAAUGACAUAGAUGGGAAUGAAGUUGUGUAUUCACUCGCCAUGAGUCCUGGUGUGAACCCAGAUGGUCUCUAUUCUUUGCCAGAGAGCAAAUCCGAUCCUGGAAUGCAACCUGGAGAGAACGUGCAAGCAAUUUAUGCUGUGCCAAAGAAAGAGAGAUAUUGAGUAGUGUAGCGGAUCGAAUGUUAGCUAAAGAUGUCUGCAUCCACACUAACUAUAAAGCCAGUGGCCAUGGAGAAGAGUCCUUGAUCUCUCAGCUUCAGUCAGGGACAGGCCACAAACAGUCUUUGCUUCCCCCAAAGAAUUCGGGUUGCUGAGAGAUGCUAGGAGAUCCCUGUUUUGGCUCACAGAGCUACAGUUUCAGAAUUCCCUGUGAAGAGGGAUUGAUUGUUAAACCACUCUGGGAAUUGUUGCUCCAGAGGCCCAAUAGGGGGAUCUCAUAACACAGGGUUGCCAUAAACUGGACACAAAAGGAUUUUGAGCUUUUUGGGGGAAAGUUGUUGAGGUUUUGGAAGAUUGCCCACAGAAAGUUGGCAACCCUAUCAUAACAACAUUCAGUGCCCUUA